AUGUGCGGUAUUGCAGUUAUUGUGUGCGGCGUUCGUAUCAAACUCUCGACGCUUUCGUCUCCCUUGGAGCCUCCUUUCGAACGAUUAAAAUUCUCUGUUGAAGAUGUGAAAUCUGUGUUAAGCCAAAGGGGUCCUGAUAGUGUAGGGGAAAAGAAGAUUCUUCUUGAACCUAAACUACCAACUUGUGCUCAAGAAUCUGUUACUCUCUCUGUUUCUGAGGCUACUGAAGAGACUUGUAACCUUGAGAAUGCUACUUCUUCCGGUGAAUUGCAUUUUAUAGGCUCCACAUUGCAGCUUAGAGGAACUAGUCCUAUAAUCCAGCCAUUGGUUGAUUCUUCCAGAAACAUUCUAGCUUACAAUGGAGAAGUAUUUGGAGGAAUUGAACUUAGUAGCUAUGAUAAUGAUACUGAAGUUCUUUUGAAGUCUUUAGAGAAGGCAAACACUUUAGUUCCAGAUGUUCUUUCGAUGAUUAAAGGCCCCUGGGCCAUUAUAUAUUGGCAGGAAAGCUCAAGAACGCUAUGGUUUGGUAAAGAUGCUUUUGGUCGGAGGAGUCUCCUUGUUCACUGGCCAACUGUGGAAGACCCUCGUUUUCUUCUAUCGUCUGCUUCACCAGCUUCUUCCGUUGCUAAUGGAUCUGGAUUGGAUUCUGAAAAUGGUGAUAGCAUUCAUAGGUUUUGGGAAGAGCUUCCAUGUGGAGUGUAUAGCAUGUCUUUUGGGGUUUCAGAAUCAGGUUUAUGUCUAUGUGGUGAAGUCACAAAGCACGAAUGGAGAAAUAACAUGUGGAAAGAGUUGAUUGAAUGGGAAAGGGAUUUAGUUGUACCAAGACCUGAAGAUCUAUCAAUAUCUUCAAUUCAAGAAGAGAAAGACAAUGCUCUUUCAACGUUUUCAGGAUUUGCGCAGACAGUUUUGGUUGUUCUAAAGGAAUCAGUAAGGCGGCGAACUUCACUGCAUAGCAUUUUUCAGGGAGAAAAGGAAGCUGUUCCAGUAGCUGUUCUUUUCUCUGGUGGAUUAGAUUCUAUGAUUCUCGCUGCACUCUUGGAUCAGUGCCUUGAUCCAAAAUAUGAAGUUGAUCUCCUUAACGUCAGCUUUGAUGGUCCUAAUGCUCCUGAUAGGAUCUCGGCCAAGGCUGGAAUACAGGAACUUAAAAAGAUUGCACCCUUGAGAAGGUGGAAGCUUGUCGAGAUUGAUGCUGAUCUGCCAAAGUUAACUUUGGAGACAAAGCGUGUUAUGUCACUCAUAAAUCCCGCAGAUACGUACAUGGACCUUAACAUAGGAACAGCACUUUGGCUUGCUGCUAGAGGUGAUGGUUGGAUUCAAGAAGAAAGUGAGAAUCAUGAAGAUAGCCAACGAAUUAGAUAUAAGUCUGAUGCUAGAAUAUUGCUUGUUGGCGCUGGUGCUGAUGAACAAUGUGCUGGUUAUGGUAGACACAGAACAAAAUAUCGAAACGGGAGCUGGGCUGCCUUGGAUCAAGAAAUGAAAUUGGAUAUGCAGAGAAUUUGGAAAAGAAAUUUGGGUCGAGAUGAUAGAUGCAUUGCAGAUAAUGGUAAAGAGGGGCGUUUCCCUUUCUUAGAUGAGGAUGUUAUAAAGACUCUACUUGACAUUCCCUUGUGGGAAAUAGCUGAUCUUGAACAACCAAGUGGAAAGGGAGACAAGAAGAUUCUUAGACAGGUUGCAAAGUUGCUUGGGUUACAUGAAGUUGCAAAGAUGCCUAAAAGAGCAAUACAGUUUGGGUCGAGAAUAGCUCGUGAAUCAAAUAGGAAGAACUUUGGAAGUAACCGAGCUGCAAACCAAGCCUCUGCUGGGAGCGUGAAAUUCAACGCACCAUGA